AUGAGUGAUUUCUUGCGAACUCGAAUAGUCGAGGGAUCCCAAACCCCUCGCCGACGCGCCUAUGAGGUCCCAGAAUAUAUGGUAAGGGAAUUAGACGGACAUAUCCAUCCAGAACUUAUGGCCACACCAGGAUCUGGCGUCGUCUACAGAGGAGGUCCUGGGUCUUGGCUGGCAGAGCACUCCACAGCCGAGGAGGUUAAUUACGACGAAGUUUAUGCAACUGCCGUUCAAGCACAGCAGGCAAUGAUCACGACAGCAAACAGGUUGUGUGUGAAGAAAAAGCUCCCAAAUGUGAAUUUUACAGUCGCCCACUCUUGGUCAGAGGUUGACCAAUCGGUCUCGGACGCCUGCAAGGCUUUAGAGGCCCUCUCGUCAGAAGACAAGGCAUUGAAACCGGGUUUUACAGGUAAGAUGAAGCAAGCGUUUCGAAAGCUCUGCGACAAUGCUGGUUCCGGUGGCACCAUCGCAAAUCUUGUGCCAACUGAUUCUUACUGUUCUAUUCUAUGCGGUGGCCUCAAGAUCGUCUUCAAGGCGCUAGAAGCAGCAGGUCACUAUAGAGAGGAAAUAUGUAAUGCAUUGGAAGAAAUUCCAUUCAUACUGAACGACAACACGGCUUUGGUUAAAUUGAACAACAUGGACGAGGAGCUACAUAGACGUGUAGCAGCUAUAUACGCUGCUAUUUACGCACUCCUGGAGGUAAUCGUAGGAUGGUUCCUGAAGCCAUCGUUUAAUACUGGGACUAGGAUCCUUUUGAAUCCUACUGGAUUUUCUGGGAAACUCAAGGAACGAAUGGACACCGUCAAGUUAGGGGUACAGCGUUUUACCGCUCACGUCAAUUAUUUAUCCGCAGAAAGACAGAAAGCUUUGACACAGCAGAACCUUUCUAUCAUGUACCGUCUUGAUCAGCAGUCAGAGCAAAUGGAGAGAGGCUUUGAGCGUCUUGAAACCACGCGGAUUAUGGUCCUUGACAAAGUGGAGCAAUUUCUUUACGAGACUUGGAGAGCCGAGUUCGAGCAAAGGCAAUCAUUGCCGCAGCAUCAGCAAACACCUCGAAUCGAGACACCCAUCCUUUGUGUUGAAGAUAUACUGGAUAAGUGGCGUUACGAACGAGAUCUAGUACAUCAGGAUUGUGCGACUGUGUUGAGACUACAACACAUAGCAGGGUAUGAUGUUGACCUAGAACUUGUGUCUACCAUCAGAUUCCAUCCACGAUUCCAAUCAUACCUAACGUUGGAUACUUCUUCUUUACUAUUUGUCGAUACAAGGUCAGAGAAUCCAACAAGGAGCCUCGAAAUGCCAAUUGUGGCUGCUGAGACAUUUCGAAGUUUACACGCCUUCAUGGAAGAACAGAAUGAACAAGCUCAUGGUACAACAAUUCAUAUCAUAUGCCUAUCAUUUUUCUGCAGCCAGCACAGCAAUUUCGCGAGAGAUCAAAAUGCAAGUCCAAUGGACCUAGCCAUGAGCCUUUUUCUACAGCUCAUCGACUACUAUCGGGACUUUGACUCGGAGUAUUUAGACCUCGCAAGCUAUGAUGUGAACCCUGGCGAUACAGACGCUAUCUUGUUCGUUUUCGGAGCUCUUGUCAAUCAUCUGCCAGAAGAUGUAGUCUUAUACCUCAUGAUUGAUGACUUGAAAGCUUUUGCCCAACCUGCCCCACGAAAGUACGAAAUGAUCCAGGUCAUGGAAAAGCUAUUGGAACUACACCGCCAAGCAUUGAAGGCCAAGAGCUACAUGGGGAUCGAGAACACAAUCACGAUCCCUAACAUUCCAAAGCCAGAGAAGUUCCAAGGACCGCAUGGAAUCAAAGCUGCCUGGAUUUACAACGAGAAAGUCCUUAGGAAUCUCUUGAACAUUGUCGCCAAGAUGUCCGAUGAGGGCACCGCACCUUGCGGGUUCGACCUUUGUGUCAAUGUUCUCAGCACGGACUUUGACAUCACGAAGCUGUUUCCUGCUCUGAAAACCGAUGAGGAGUGGAAAGACGUCCAAGAUGUGAUCUCCAAGUUACCUGGGCCCGUCAAGGAUCUUUUGAAUGGCAAAUUGCCCCCUCUUAUUGUUCUUUACGCUCAAUGGUGUCCCGUUGGCGAUCAGCAGAAGUAUGACGCAAGCGUUGACGCAUGGUUCCAGCAAUUUCGAGGAUUGAAGUAUUUUCGCAUUCAAUUCGAUGAAAUUUCCGCGGACAUGUCUGAUAUGGUGGGACACUGGUUGUUCCCCAAACGAAGAGAGUUCCCGCGGCCAUAUGUCAAGCGAACCUAUGCCACCAACUCGAAAACUCUCGGCAAAGAUGGUUGGGUUGACACCCUAGUCGAGAGACUCAGCAAGAUCUGGAGUCCUUAUGAGAAGCUGGAUGAUGCGAACCAGAAGCCGGUUGAUAACCCACUGUACGAUAAUUGUAAGAUCUCAGCCCAGAUCCAGUGCUUCGGCGGCGACAAUUCGAUGUUCUACAACAACCGCAACAACGGAGCCGCCUAUAGUUGGAGAGAUUCUACUGUUCUCCAGACUGUGGACUGUUGGUAUCUGAACAGGACUGAUCCGAAUUAUAAAAAGUCGCUGGAACUCGCAAACGAAUGGCAAGCAAAGAAUGACAGCGUCAUGAUUGGUGCCAACAGCUGCUUUAGCAAGACCGAUAGGCGCGUUCUGUGGGGUGAUUGGGGUGAUUGGGAUAUGGCUAAGCCUGAGGUCUGGAAGACUUAUUAUGAAGACGAGGCCAAGUAUCAGAAUAUCGGCAAGGUCAGGGCUGCAGCGGAUCCAAGGGCACCGUCACUGCUAAUCCAUUUGCCGUUGAAGGCCAAGGAUAGUCAGAUAACACUUAGCCAGGUUAUUCAGUCUUUAUAA